AUGAAUCGAUCUCAUAGCCAUCUUGACGUAUAUCAUAGUCGUCAUUUAUCUUUACAUAAACCUGGUACAAUACCAAAGUCAUCUCGAAAUAUUUCACCGAUCAUAUCAAGUCGUCAUAAAUAUGAAUUAAGACAACAAAUUAGGCCAAAACAAACAGUUGAAUCAUGGUUUCAAAGUCAUUCACGUGAUGAUCGUCGAGCUGUUUAUAGUUUUCUUAAUACACUUUACGAUGGUGAUGUUAAUCAUCAAAUAGAAGAUCGAUCAUCAAUUGAACAACGUCGAAAAUCACCUAGUCCACGAUCUCCUAGCAGAGUAAAUACGACUGUUGUACAUGCAUCAAAUUAUUCAUCGCAACGGCGAAUGUCAAACAAUGGUGGACGUGAAAGUCGAGCAUCGAAACGUGAUCUUGGAGAAAUUCUUGAAUCAUUAGGAAGUUUUCGUAAGUCACCAUCAUUUCAAGAAAAAGGCAUUCAAACAUCAGCAACACCAAUAACAGUUCCAUUGCCUGAUGUAAAUGAAACAAAGAAUAAUCGCAAAUCCGAAAAACAUACAAAACGUUCAGCAACAUCAAUGGAUAAGUAUACGGAAACAAUUCAACCUCAAAAUUCAGUAGAUGAUAACACAAAUGUAAAUGACAAUGAAAAUAAUAAAAUAGGUCGACGUUAUUUAUCUCAGACAUGGCGUGUAAUAAAUCCACGUGAAGAUAUGGAACUAAAUGUUCGCCCAGAAAAUAAUGCAUCAUCAUUUUUUAAUUACACAAAAAAAGUAUAUCCAGAAUAUUUUUUUAUUCAUCCUGAUUGGUAUUAA